UUUCCUUACUUUUCCUCCAAUUUUUCAACUAAAAACAGAGUAAAAAAACAGAGGAAAACAGAGUAAUGGGCAAUCAAAAAUUCAAACUAUCAAAUAUGAUCCCAAAUGCUUGGUUUUACAAGCUUAAAGAUAUGAACACCACUAAAACAUCUAAAUCUCAACCCAUAAAACAGAGGAGCCACCAUACGCCGCCACCGCCGCCACCACCAACAACCAAAAAAACCACCACAAAUGACCCACCACUUCAAUGCCAACCUAGAAAAUCAUAUCAUAUUACUAGAGAACUCAAUCUUCAACCUCAAGAACUUGACUUUCUCCAUUUAUCACCUCCAAGAAAAUCAAAAUCAUCCUCAAAAUCAAGAAAAUCAAGUAGAAGAACAAAUUCUGUUUCUUCUUCUAGUUGUAAAUCAACUGCUACUUUUCAAUCUUACCAUUCUAAAUCACAUUCACCAACUUCUACCACCAUUUUUGAAGAUACUCUGCUUAAAACAGAGCAUAAAACAGAGGAUUUUGAUAUCAUUAUUGAUAAAGAAUCGUUUUACACUGAAAUAAACACUUUCAAUUUUAAACUCCCACCAAUUAUUACCAAACAAGAAGAAAAACCCAGUUUUUUAUCCAAACAACAGAAGUUAAUUACUGCUCCAAUUUUGAAAGAACAAAGGAUUUCUUCAACACCCAGAAAAAACCCAGAAAAAGGUGUGAGAUUGAAGAUUAAUUCUCCAAGAAUAAUGGGGAUUAAGCAAGCACAAAAUGGGAUUUCUGGUAGAAAAAGUAUGAGUUUGAAGAAGAGAAGAAGCAUUUCAGAGAGUUUUGCUGUGGUAAAAUCAUCUUUUGAUCCUCAAAGAGAUUUUAAAGAAUCAAUGGUGGAAAUGAUAGUGCAAAAUAACUUGAGAACUUCAAAGGAUUUGGAAGAUUUACUUGCUUGUUAUCUUUCACUUAACUCAGAUGAGUAUCAUGAUGUUAUUAUUAAGGUAUUUAAGCAAAUUUGGUUUGAUUUAAGGCACCAAAAAUAAUUUGCUUAUAAUUGUUUUAAUAGUAGUAGUUUUUUUUUUUUUUGAAUAGUAUUUAAUUACUUGUGAGAUUCAAUGUAAAUUUUUCACUAUUUAGAGUAGUAGUAGGUUGAGUAAGAAACUAUUGUAUGUAUACUCUAUUUUUAUUUUAUUUUUUAACCACUCCUUCCUCUA